GCUAGAGGUGGUCACUGCAAUGCAGUAACUCUCCUCAUUCAGCACGGAGCUGAUCCCCGCCGUGAAGACAUUUUCGGUAUAAAGCCCAGUUAUUGUGCACGGUGUCAUGGUAAUGGUGAUAUAGACACGCUGCUGAGGAGGUUUGAAAGUGAUCAUAUCCAGGAAUUCAUGAUAACGAGAACGUUGGAGCAUGUCUCUGCCGAGAUGAGCCUUGAUGACUUUUUCCUUCCCACCGAUGGGAUCAAUAAUAAUUUUCCUGGUGAGGUUGAAAAGCAAAAGGUCCAGCGGUUGAAGCAAUGGGCAAAUUCAAAUAAUUUCAAAACUAUCCAAGGAUUAAAAGCUGGCCUUACAGCUCAAGGACGCGAGGAGCUUUGCGCAUGGAAGUUGAAUCCUGCCAUUACGAUGCAUACCUGAUCCACGGCAGUUUUGAUAAAUUGGUAGUCGAGAAAGUACUGAAGGCAGUUGAGUCACACAAAAUACGCUGCUGCUAUGCACCUCGUGAUUUCAAGUCUACAGAAUCAACCGAGGCAAACAUCAAUGAAGCGGUGGCAUUGUCCAGAUGCGCUGUGGAUUUCCUGUCUCGGAACUCCAUAAGAGACAACUGGUGUAAACACGCAAGAGAAUUGGCCGUGGUCAAGUCAAUUGAGGUCGAAGACUUUGUGGUGAUCCCAGCGAUUUUGGACGUGAAAUGGUCGGAUUUGCCUUACGGUUACAAAGCCAGAAAAACCAUCCAAAUGGAUAGCCAAGAUUUUAUCCCCACUCUUGUCAAAGCUAUUAAAGGUCCGACAGCUGAUCCAUGCUAUGGCGAGCUCCGCAGCGAGAACGAAAACGUAAAACAAGAGAAUAAUCUACUCCGCAGUGAGAAUGAAAACUUGAAAGCAGAGCUACAAGAAAUGAGACAACAACUAGAAGAUUCGAAUGCGUUGAUCAGGCAACAGAAGGCAGAUAUGCAGAAAGAAGUGACCUUUAACUAACUGUAAU